ACUGUUAGUAGCUUUUUGGCAGCUCAGAGCGCCCAUAGUCACCAACACAAACUCGGGUUUAGUGAUCAACUAACAAGUGAGUAUUUCGUUCGUCAACAUACGUAUUUAACAUACCUUUAAUUGAAACAAUGAUAUUGUGCCGGAUAUAAUUUACUACUGAAACAAUGUCGUGUUAUUGCCCAAACUGGAUGAAUGAUAGUCCUUUGCUUGUUCCUAUUGACCUCAAUAAUCAAUCGGAUUUACUCAAGGGACCAGAAACUGUCCAUGUCUCAAAAUUUUACAAGGAAGGCAAAGAUGGAAAGUUUCUCAGUAACAUAUCACCUGAUGCCAAAACUUUGUAUGAAACAUUUCGCAAAGGCGCGAAAAUAUCUAACAAUGGUAAAUGCUUAGGGUGGAGAGAUAACAUAAGUAAACCUUUUCAAUGGAUUCACUACAAUGAAACAUUACUUCGAGCUAGAAAUUUUGGGUCAGGUCUUUUAGGCCUUGGAUUACCAAAAAGUAGUCAAAUUUUUAUCGGAAUUUACAGUCAAAAUUGUCCUGAAUGGAUUUUGACCGAACAAGCUGCAUAUUGUUUUUCUAUGGUGAUAGUACCUUUAUAUGAUACUUUGGGUCCUGAUGCGUGUUCUUUCAUAAUAAAUCAAGCUGACAUUCCUGCUGUAAUAGUUGAUACGGACGAAAAGUGUAAUCAGCUCUUAGAUAGGUCUCCAAAUUGUCUACGAAAAAUUGUCGUUAUUCGUGGUACUCGUCCAUCAACAAAUCAAAAAGCUAAAAAUCGAGGUAUUGAAGUCUUAACUUUUGAAGAAGUAGAAAGAUCUGGCGCAACCAAAACAUUUCCUGAACAACCACCAAAACCCAAUGACUUAUGUACGAUAUGUUAUACAUCAGGCACAACAGGAUUACCUAAGGGAGUAAUGUUAACACACAGUAACGUAGUAGCAGCCGUUAGUGCUGUUCUUGUUCAAUUAUCUCAUUAUAGACCUAAUGUGGGGGAUGUAAUGAUCUCCUAUUUACCAUUGGCUCAUAUGUUGGAAAGAUGUUGUGAGAACGGAAUGUAUUUGGUUGGAGGAGCAGUAGGCUUUUAUUGUGGUAAUAUAAAAUUUCUUUUUGAAGAUAUGAGAGUUCUUAAACCUACAAUAAUGCCUAGCGUGCCGCGUUUGUUAAAUCGAAUCUACGAGCAACAGAUGUCUACUAUAUCUCCUAAUUUUUUUAAGCGUAUAAUGUAUAAUAUGGCCAUCCGUUCAAAAGAAAAAGAAAUUAAAAAAGGUAUCGUACGGAAAAACAGUAUUUGGGAUAAGUUAGUAUUUAGUAAUAUUCAGAAGAACAUGGGUGGAAAAGUGAGGUUAAUGAUUAUUGGUUCAGCUCCACUCGGUGGUCAUGUUUUAACGUUUAUGAGAUGUGCUUUAGGAUGUUUAGUCGUUGAAGGAUAUGGUCAAACGGAAUGUACUGCUCCGAUAUCAUUAUCAAUACAAGGGGACAUGAAUACAGAACACGUGGGGCCACCUGUGGCGUGUAAUUUUAUAAAGUUGGCCGAUGUACCAGAAAUGGAGUACUAUGCUUCAACAAACCAAGGGGAAAUAUGCGUAAAAGGAUCUAAUAUUUUCAAAGGAUAUUUUAAAGAUCCUGAUACUGUGACUUUUGAUGAACAUGGAUGGCAUCAUACUGGAGAUAUUGGAAUGUGGCUCCCAAAUGGUACACUUAAAGUAAUUGACCGCAAGAGACACAUUUUUAAAUUAUCGCAAGGAGAAUAUAUCGUUCCAGAAAAAAUUGAAGCAAUAUAUCUAAAGAGUCAAUAUGUAAAUCAAGUUUUUGUUCACGGAGAAUCACUAAAGUCAUGCGUCAUAGCUAUAGUCGUUCCUAAAGUUGAUGUAAUCAAGUCUUGGGCUCACGAAAAUGGCAUAUCUGGAACGUUAUCAGUAUUAUGCGCCAAUUCGGAGGUAAAAAAACUCAUCAUGGAUGAUAUGACAGCAUGGGGAAAAGAUGGUGGACUGAAGUCUUUUGAACAAGUCAAAGAUAUUUAUUUGCAUCCAGAUCCAUUUUCAGUACAAAAUGGACUCUUAACGCCAACAUUCAAAAUGAAGCGGCCUCAAGUGAGAUCAUACUUUGCGCCCCAAAUUGAAGAUAUGUACAUCAAAUUGAAAUAGAUGUACAAGCUAAAUAAUUUCUUGAUAAAUAACCUAUGGAAAUGUUCUACACAAUUUUGAUAUAUUCAUAAUUUCACAUUUUUACUUAGUUGAAUAAUACGUAGAAAUGAAAUUCUAUUUUACAAAAUUAAAUAAUAAUAUAAUAUGAUGUUGGUA